AUGGUUAACACUCUUCCACCGCGAUACGCAGUCGAGUCGGACGAAGAGGACGAAUUCAACCAUGCACCGUCGUCCUCUUCACCUCCUCGCAAGAUCGACGUAGCCUACCUAGGGCCCGAUGUCGAAAAGGGAAAGGAUCUUGUCAUUGCAUCCGGUGUAGCAGCGGCCGUAUGGGCCAGAGGUGCUCACCUAGGCGAACAAAUUGGGGCCAUCACUGUCAACAAAAUCCAGAUCGGACUAGUCUUCCAACCAUCGUAUACCAAAUCUUACGUCCUGGCCUCUGAGGCGCUCGUCCAACUCCCACUGGACCACAUGCAUCCCUACGCAUCCAAAACACUCGAAAUAUUCCAACCAUCCUCCAUCUCCCUGCUCGACGUUUACUCCGCUCCAACAUAUGCCAGUCAAGCACCCGUACGAAUCCUCGACGCACCCAUUCGUUUCCUCUCAACAACCAAACUCACCUUUGACCCCAAAUCCCUAAACCUCGCACCCUUCGAACCACCAAACCUCCUCUCCUCAACAUCAGCCUCCUUCAUCUCCCUCGCGUCCCUCCCAAACCCCAUGCCAACGCCCGCAGCGGCAUUCCUCCUCCCCUCAUCCCAAACACCCGCCCCUCGACCAAAAGCCCUUCCCUCCCCGUCAUCUUCGCUCUCUUCUUCAAUAGUGCCAUCUACAACUGACUCCCCUUCCGAAGGAAUAGGGCCCACACUCCACCCUUCAUCCUGGGACACAUCCCUCCUCCAAACAGCCCACCGCGCCCUCUUCCUCGCUAUCAACCAAGACAUUUCAGGCAGCGACGGUGAAUGGAAAGGGAAGGACGGUGCUGGAGGUUUACUUGCCGCUGAGAAGCGAAGGUCUGAAGUUGGCGAAGGGGGAAUGUAUUUGUAG